CGCAGUACCAAAAUAACUUUCGAAUCGCUGAUUUUGUGCCAGCUGCUAUCGCGAACGUUGUUUUUUUAAAGCGCAUUAUGAUGAUACUGUUCUACUCAGUUCUUGUGUUGAUUGUGGCGAUCGACAGCAUCAACAGUCAAACUUUCAACAAUCCCAUUUCUGAUAUUAAUUGGCCUGAUCCCUAUGCUUACCUUCACACAGACGGUUUUUACUAUAUGCCGCGAUCGGAAAAUAAUGGACUGGUCCUUUACCGAACUCGAACGCUUUCCAACUGGAGAAAUGCACAGCAAAGCCGUAUUUACACAGCUGGACCCGGACUUGGUGCUGUAUGGGCGCCCGAAAUCCAUUACAUUCAUGGUGAAUUUUACAUAUACGUUGCAAUGGAAACUGAUGGACUCAACGAGAAUCAUCGGAUGUACGUGUUAAAAGCCAACAAUGCCAACGAUCCUAUGGGACAAUGGUCCACUGCUCACAGAAUGUAUAUACCAGCCGAAGACUAUUGGGCCAUCGACGGUACAGUUUUAGAAUAUGGCAACGGCAAAUUGUAUUUUAUUUGGUCAGGUUGGCCGCAAAUUAAUUCUGGAUUCCCUCAGUACCUGUACAUAGCAGAAAUGUGUGAUCCGAUGACUGUGUGUGGACGUCGAGUUCUGAUCAAACGAGUUGAUUUCCCUUGGGAAAGAAUCGGAGCCGAUUUGAUUGAAGGCCCACAAAUUCUGCAUAAUGCUGGUCGCGUGUUUUUGGUUUAUUCAGCAUCAGGAAGCUGGACACCUGACUACAUUUUAGGGUUUAUGGGAAUUGAUAAUUUAGCCGAUCCACUGAACUAUGACAACUGGUGGCGUCAUGACCGACCGGUGUUUUGGAGGCACGACGAAGAAAAUGUGUACGGGGUUGGGCAUGCAUCAUUGACAACAUCUCCAGAUAAAAGGGAACCCUGGAUAGUUUAUCAUGCAAUGUCGAAUCCGAAUGCUGGAUGGGAAGGAAGGACGGCUCGAGCACAGAAAUUCGGUUGGAAUCCAGACAAUUCUCCCGACUUUGGGCGUCCUCGAGGAUUUCAUAUUUCAUUGCCAGUACCUAGUGGAACGCAGACAGUUCAUUCUAACUGCACAAUAAACUGAGAUACGUUUUAUUUAUUUUAUUUUAUUUUAU